GCUGAACACACUAUGUAGUGAAGUAAGUCACUCUUUAUUGACAAGCAAGGCAGAAGGGGAAAAGGGAAGAUCUUCGGAGCGGAGUCCUCCGCGUAGUCUUUGAAGACUUCAGGGAAGAUUGUCCUGCUAACAUUUGAGAUGAAGAUGGAACUUACAGCACAUGAUUAUGACUAUGCUAAUUACAGCGAAGAGCCAUUCACACCGGUCCCACCAUGUAAUAGAGACAGUGACAACAAUCUGGGAGCUCAGCUAUCAUUCCUCUACUACUUCAUGUUUGUCUUCAGUCUCUUUGGCAAUGGCCUGGUCCUGGUCAUCAUCCACCGGUUUGAGAAGCUGACUACUGUGACCAACAUCUUGCUGCUGAACCUGGUGGUGUCCUCCCUGAUCUUCAUGAGCAGCCUUCCCUUUAUGGGAGUCUACAUGCAGCUCUCCAACUGGAUCUUUGGCAAGGUCAUGUGCAAGAUUGUUGGCAGUGUCUACUACCUGGGCUUUUACAGUUCUGUCCUCUUUCUAACUCUUUUGACCUUCGACCGACACCUUGCAGUUGUGUACUCCAUGGGUGUGUCGCGAGUGAGGCAUCGAAGCUAUGCGGUGGUCUCCUGCGCUGUGGUGUGGCUGGUCAGUGGCCUAGCAUGCGUCAAGCAGAUGAUUCUCCACACCACCUUUUCUUUUAUUGACAACAAAAUGUAUUGUCAGGAGUAUCCCGGUGACUUACCUUUUAUUGAUGUGAAGCUGCUAAGAGCAUCUGGAUUUUACCUUCAGCUUUUCCUUUUCUUGAUCUUUCCUCUGGCUGUUAUUAUCUACUGCUACGUUAGGAUUACUAUCACUGUCAUAUCAUCCAAGAUAGUUACCAAGUUCAAGACAGUCAGGUUAAUAUUCAUCAUUGUCCUAUUGUUUUUUAUGUGCUGGACCCCAUUCAACAUUGCACUGCUGAUGCAUGAUGAAGCUACUACCUGUGAGGAAGCACGGAAAAUUGGCUAUGUUCUUCAUGUCACUCGUAACAUUGCCUACAUUUAUUUUUGCAUCAGUCCCAUCUUCUACACAUUUGUUGGGAAAAAGUUCCAGAACUAUUUCAGACAGCUGCUGGUGAAAUAUUUCCCAGGGUUAAAGAAGCAUGUUUCUGUCAAUCAAAACAGCAGAACCAAUAUGUCCACAAAAAGUACACCAAAUGAGCUUUAGGAAUGGGAGGCCCUUUGUUUCUCAGGACUGCCAUGUGUUCAACAAACCAUGGGUUUAAAAAUAACUGAACAAAGUGCUGUAAGAGUUUGUAUUCCACGGUGGACAGCAAAGAAAUACAAGUAGGGAUACAGUUUCGCAUAUAGCAGGAUUAAUGCUGAAAUAACUGACUUCUGUGCCCAGUUCUAUUGAGAAACAAAUAUGUGCUGUAUACGAAUUUCAUGAGACAUACUGAUGUGAUACACUUUGGUUAGCUAUGUUGCUAAUUUCAACGUUCACAAGACAUUGAGGACAUUUGUUAGUUGUUAAAGUCUAGUCCAAAUUGCAAGCUCCUGUCACCUCUUUAUUCGCCAUUGUGGCACAUUUAAUUGUAGACUGAAGAGGUAAGUUUAGCUGAGCCACCGGGAAAGAAAGACACACCACUCCUGCUCUGUAUAUACAAAUCAACAGAAAGAUAAUUGUUUUAAUUUAAUUAUUAGAGGGAUCUGUAAACCCUGAUGUUUUUGACAUCCCGUGCCAACAUUUGUCUUUUUUUACAUUGUGGUAUGGGUAAGGUUAGGGAAAUAUUGUAGUUAUAAUCUAAAAAAGCAAACAUUAAUUGGUUGAAUAUUUUGCACUCCAGUCUCCCACAUAAAAGAGAUGUAAUUUACGCCCACCACAAAAGGGCACACCCUUACUCCUUACUUCAGCUUAGCUACAUAAAAUGCACACUACUUGUUGUAUUGACACUGAACAUUGUCACUAGACAUAGAUGAUGUGCUGCAGAUUUGUUCAAAAUAAACGUAAUUAUUAGGAAUACUGGCCCUACAACUGUAUCAAAAGUUGAGGUGGAUUUAUAGUUCUGCAAGAUAGAACUAUAUGAUACCACAGAUACCACAUGGAGAAUUGUAUUUGGUCACUUGUGUUUUCUCCUGCAAGUUUCCUUUGCCAGUGGAGAUUACUGAAAGUGAAGACAACAUUGAGUUGAACAAAGACCGAGUAGUCUGGUGCUGUUUAGAAACAUACAAAAGUCUCUGCUGCAAGCCUCCUGCUCACCACGAUCAUCUUUCUCUAUUACAGUGAAUGAAACAAUGGCGAUUUCACAUAAUGUAUUUGUAAGUGUGUCAGACCACAUUCUUUAUGUUGUUUCUUAUGUUAUUACUUUUUAAAGAUUUGUUUUUAUUAGAUUUAUAAUAAAUCAUGUUCUAUGUAAAUUGCUUUUAAAUGAUUAAAAAAGGCAGAUGAUUUUAAUGUAAUGUGAUGAUUCGUGUAUUGUCCAGUUAGUCAAGUUUAUAUGAAGCACAUUUUACAUGGAAAGAAAACAGUGAGGAAGCUGCACAAAAAAAGGGGGUUGAAAGCUUCAUGGUUGGUUGUUUUUUGUUUUAUUUGGCUCCUGCAUUUGCCUGUGUGAAUCAAUUAUAUUGUAAAGCUAUUUGAUUAAAUCAAACAUUUUCAUCA